AUGUGCUUGCAGCUGCAACUACUGCUAUUGCAGCUUCUUCCAGGCUUUCAUCUUUCAGGAAAGAUACAUUUGAAGAAUCCGCUCACCAUGAGGGUGUUGAAAGUUCAUGCACACAGUGAAUCUUGUAGAGCUGUUAGAUUUAUCAAUGAAGGACUUGUGAUCCUCACUGGUUCUCCAGAUUGUUCUAUUCUUGCAAUUGAUAUUGAAAUAGGAUCUCCAAAUUGUUACUUUGAUCUUAGAAAUAAUUGUCAUAAACGGAUUACUCUACCAUACACAGGGGACAAAUACCUGCUUCAUAAACAAAGCACAAAAUGGAUCACAGUUAUGACAAUGGCGACUCCAAGGCUGGAAAAGGGUGCUGGGGUGUUAGAUAAGCCAGUAAUAGAGAAAACAACUCCUGGAAGAGAGUCUGAGUUUGACUUGAGAAAAUCAAGGAAAAUGGCACCACCAUAUAGAGUGAUGCUACACAAUGACAACUACAACAAGAGGGAAUAUGUUGUGCAAGUGUUGAUGAAGGUUAUACCUGGAAUGAUAGUUGACAAUGCAGUUAAUAUCAUGCUCUUGACCUGGACACCACUCUAAAUUGUAACUUACUCUAAAUUUUAUAUGUAAAUUUUAUUUUAUCUUUUGAAGGGAAAUUUACUGAAUAUUGAUUGGUUGAUGCAGUUAACUAGAAUUGGUCGAGAUGCAGUUUUAUAUGUUGAGUCGCUCAUUGAGUCAAUCAUGGGAGGAUUGGAAGGGCUAAUCAACAUUCUUGAUUCUGAAGGAGGUUUUGGCUCUUUGGAGACACAUGUUCUUACUAUUUUAUCAAUUUCCUUAAAAAGUUACCAAAUUCAUGUAUUAAAUUUGAUAAAGCUAACUUAAUUGCU